AUGAAGGACGAGGCUUGUGCUGCAAUUGAUAAUGCUGCAGACCAAGCUAUCGCGAUCAUUGAACAGCUACCUGCAGCCAGCCGACCAGCAGCGGCUAAUGGUUUUAAUACUGGCUUCAAUAUUGUCCUCGGCUUCUUCAAGAAUAUUGGAGAGACUCUUAAGCAUGUUAUGCAGGCAGUCGUCGAUUUCGUCAAGGGCAUCUGGAACAAAUUAGUCCAAGCCUAUAACACUGUGAGGGGCUGGGCCCAAACAGCCUGGAAUGCUAUUCAGGGCCUCUUUUCACGAGGCGCAUAUCCUUCUGACCCGGGCCAUGGAAAGACAGGGUUAGAUAGAUCAAAAGGGGAUAUGGAUGAAGAGCUGGAUGCUAUUCGUCAUGAGGUUAUGAAGCUCCUAGAGCGAAUCAAUAACCUCCCUCGAAUGUGUGGAUCAACACACGCACUUGAAUAG